AGCCUGGGUUCUAUAUUAUUAUUUUGACAAGAAAUUAUGGCGAAUUUCUUGAAGACAAAAAAAGUGAAACGAAAGUCGAUAAUCUGAUCUAUUUUACGGCGAAAAUUGAUCACAAGUGAUCGUCCACAGGAUUGCAGACAUGGUAGAUCAAACGUCUAGACAGCUAACGCCUCAAGAGGAAAAAGAUUUGAACAAAUUUCAGAAGUUCUUUUGUUACAAGGUUGUUCAAGUUAUCGUGCAAUCUCGUCUGGGAGAGAGAAUUUCGUCCACAUCCAAACCAAAUGCGAUGGGAUAUGACUGGUUCAAUUUAGCCAUCAAUGAUUUUCAAGAAGUUCUGCAAGAGACCAAAAAGAUCAUGGAAAAUAACAGAUUGCCAUCGAGGGAUAAUCCAUUGUGCAUUGAAAUUUCACUUAAAACAAAUGAGGGUAGCACAAUGGUUCUGGAGACUUGGAGACUGGGGAUGGAUGAAAAGCGAGAAAACAGCAGCAAGAUUACUUACACAGUUUACAACAGAAUGGGAAUUUUACUCAAAUCUUUGAUUGCCGUGACCAGAGUUACACCUGCAUACAAGAUUGCCAAAAACCAAGGUCAUGAUUACAUUCUGUGCUAUAGGAUAUAUUUUGGUCAGGUUCGUGUCUCUGAGUUCGGAGAAAAUUAUCACGUGAUUCCUGUUGGUAGUAUUGGGACGCCGCGUGGUGGACUGGCGCUGUCGGUUGCUCAUAGAACGAAGUUGGCAUUACCUCAGGGCAAUAGCCAAGCGUCAGCCCGGCUAGGAUCAACCGUCUCACCAAGCGGUGAUGUCACUGCUCAGCUUGGCAAUAUCACUGACUCAGGAAUGCAAUAUCCCGUCGCAAUGACGUCAGAAUUCAGGCAUCAUAUUGUCGAGGAAAUUGCGAGUGCCGUGGCGGACACUGAUCUCUCAAAUAGUAGUCUAUCCCCCCGGACCUUCAACACAGCGCCGUCCAUAGCAAUAGAACCUGCUUCCCCCAUCGAAACAACACCAUCGAAUCACACCGAGCAUGUCUCCGAAAGAAGCUCUUCUGCCCCUCAAGAAUUUAAAAGCCGAAGGAAUCGGACAUUUUCCGAGACAGCAAAUGGCAACGAUGACUGUGGUACCCACGGGGCUUUUGUAUCCCAGGGAGGGACAAAAAGCUCGGCAGGAAUCACUCCGUUGUCAUCAACCCCGCCAUUUGCCAGUCUUUUGCUGAAUAAACCCAUCAGUUCGUCCAUCGGUAGAGAAACUUCAACCGCCUCGAAUCAGAAAACUCCUGAGGGGCAUAAAAAUGGAUCGAUGAAAAGUAUGAAAAAUAACUCAAAUACAAAUUCAAGCGCAGUUGAAGAUGACUUCAUCAUGGUGGAAUUGAAAGCGGCGUUCGCUCCAGAGACGUCCUCGACAGAUCUCACUCAAUUCUACCGCGAUUGUCAGAAUGCUCCGCCAUUGCAAUUGUUUGAUCUUCCUGCGCAUGCGCAACCGCUGAGCACUGUCAUGGACACCAUGAGUGAUGAACUGGACGUUUUCGAACAGAAUAUGAAGAAUUUUGACGAAUUUGUUGAACAGUUGGAAAGCAAGAAAGGUUAAUUCCCAUUUAACUUGGCCCUAACUGGUUCAUUGCCUGUUUCCCGUUUAAAAAGCUGAGCAAAAUGUGUUGUGAACAACGUCAUGAAGAGCUGGAAUAGGACGAAUGAUGUAAUGGACAAAUAGGAAAGGUGAUCUACCUUGCAUGUACGAUUUUAGCUUUCCUUUCACUGUUAAAAAAGUUUGAAAAAUUUUAGGAGUGUGGAUUUGGCAGAAAGUAAGUCGAUUAGAAUACAAAAAGUAUAUUUAGAAGAGUUUAUUUUAAGGCAUACGUGAUACAUGAUAGUAUUUAACGUGUCAUAAACAGGUAAAUGAAAUGGAUCAUGGUUUUGUGAGAUAGAAUCAUCACGAUCAAAAAUGAUCGAUCACUGUGUGUAUAUAUGAAAAAAUCUAUAUUUUAGUGUAAAUAAAAACACAAUGAAUUGUUAAACCGAGUAAUCUCUACAA